AUGCCAGAGAAAAAAAAAGGUGGUGGUAUUUCUACCGUUUUAUCGCAUGAAUUCUCUCUUAUGCGGAGUGCUUUAUCAAAUGAAGAUGACAUGAGAAAUAACUUGAACGAAAUCAGGUCGCGAGAUGAACCUGUUUAUAUAGACGCAAGGAAAGCUAAAAAUGAUAAUGAACUCUUGGCAGAAAUUGGAUACAAGCCUGAAUUAAAGAGAAAAUUCAGCACGUUAGAAGUUUUUGGGGUCAGCUUUUCGAUUAUGGGAUUGCUACCUUCAAUAUCUUCAAUUUUAGCCAUGUGUCUAGAAGGUGGAACAGUUUGCUUGGUUUGGGGUUGGUUUGUAUCAAGUUUUUUUAUUUUGUUGAUUGGGGUAGCUAUGGCAGAGUUGGGCUCAGCUGUACCUACUUCUGGGGGGCUAUAUUAUUGGACAUAUCUAUUUUCUCCUGAAAAAAUUAAAAUUGAAUUGUCGUUCCUAAUAGGUAACACCAAUACUGUAGCCUUAACUGCGGCACUAUGCGCAGUGGAUUAUGGUAUUGCAAGUGCCGUGCUCGCUACAGCUUCAAUUGGUUCGAAUAAUAGCUUUGAAAUCACAAAUGCUAUGAUAUUUGCUGUCACAGUUUUAACAAUAAUAACCCAUAUUAUUGGUUCUUGUAUCGCUUCUGGGUUUAUUGCAAGACUUCAAAGUUUUGCAAUUUUUGCUAACAUGACGUUGAUACUAAUAUUCAUUAUUUCGUUACCUGCUGGAACAGACAACAGAAAUGAUGCAGAGUUCAUCUUCGGGAACCUUGAUAAUAUGACGACAUGGCCCAUUGGUUGGGUUUUCUUUUUAAAUGGUUGGAUGGGUUCUGUGUGGUCUAUUGGAGCUUUUGACUCUUGUGUUCAUAUGUCUGAAGAGGCAAAAGACUCUGCAAGAUCAGUCCCCAUUGGAAUUAUCGGAUCAAUUUCUGCGUGCUGGAUUUUGGGAUUCGUUAUCAUGAUUGUUAUUGCAGCCUGCAUUAAUCCCGAUAUUAGUUCAGUCGUAGAAUCAGAUCUUGGUUUACCAAUGGCACAGCUAAUUUAUGAUUGUUUGGGAAAAAAAUGGGCCAUUGCGAUCAUGUCUAUAAUAAUCUUUUGUCAAUGGUUGAUUGGUGUUUCCAUUUUGACUGCUGCAUCAAGACAAAUUUGGGCAUUCUCAAGAGACAAUGGCUUAAUAUUUUCCAAAUAUAUCAAAGUAGUCAGCAAAAGUAUUUCUGUUCCAAUAAGAGCUGUAAUUUUUGGUGGAAUUUUAUCGAUAAUUAUGAGCACCUUAGUACUCAUUGGGAGUGUUGCGGCUAAUGCAUUAUUUUCCUUAUUCAUUGCUGCUAACUAUAUCGCAUGGGGUACACCUUUUUUCUUGAGAAUGGUUAAUGGUAAAGGAAAAUUUCACCCUGGACCAUUUUAUUUAGGAAAGAUACUUUCUCCAAUUGUCAAUUGGACUGCUAUUUUGUUCAUAUGUUUCAUUGUGGUUAUGGUAAUGUUUCCAGCAAAUAAAGAAGUAGACAAAGAAACUAUGAAUUACACAGUCGUUAUUACUUGUGCGACAUGGAUAUUAUCAGCAGCAUAUUAUUAUAUCUACGCGAGGAAAGUUUAUUUUGGUCCAAGAAAAACAAUUGGGGAUGAUGACGUUGGGGAGGCAAUCAACAUAGAUGACAUUCUUCAAAAAAAUGACGUUCAUGUCUCUGUAGAGUCCGUCAGCACAUGA